AUGCUACUUCAUGCUGUCCCCACGUCUGAGUGCAACCCCAACUUCGCCACGUGCCCCAACGCAAGCGAGACAUCAGCUUCCGACGUCCCCACGUCUGAGUGCAACCCUAACUUCGUCACGUGCCCCAAUGCAAGCGAGACAUCAGCCGCCGACGUGAGCCCGGCGUGGGCAGCAUGGGGCGCCAACGCUACUCUCGAGACGACGUGCUUCGAGGGCGAUGGCACGUUCAACUUUGGCAUCUACCACAUGGCGCUGCAACUCAUGAAGGAUGGGUCUGCGAUGGCCAAGAUAUUCUACGGCCUCUUCUUCGGGAUAAUGACUCUCAGCUCCUGUCUCAUCCGGGAUGGCUAUUUCUGUGGCGAGGAGCUGCUCUCAUGGGGUCUAGGGCACUCCCCUGACACCAACCAGCUGCCCUCCGCUACAGCCACUCUCACCACAGUCACGGCGGUUGAGGGCUUUGUGCUGGAGGCUGAAGACCUGCUGUUCGUUACAACACACUUCAAGUUCAACUGGAAGAGCCAGCGCAUUCAGAGGUGGGUGCGCUACUACUCGCCGCACUGGCGCACGUGGGCGGCUCUCACCAUCCAGAUCGCGUGGCGCCGCCACGUGGCACGGCAGCACGCCACGUCACUGCAACGGUCGCUCGAUGCUCAUGCUGAUGUGGAUGUGCGCGGUGGCCAGCUAACCAUUGACACUCCCUCGGGCGCUCCUCCCACAUCUGCUGCCACUGCCCCUGCCCCUGUCCCUGCCACUGCCACUGCCACUACCAUUGACACUCCCACCAUGGCCCCUAUCAGUAGAACAGCCCCUUUGGACCCUGCUCUAACUACAACAGCUGGAGGUAACGGUGGGGGUGGGACAAGGCUGGGCCGCCCGAGGAUGGAUGCAGACGAGAUAGAAGCGCUACAGAGGCGUGACCGCAUGAGGCUGUAUAGUGCGAUUUUCUCAUCGUCCAAGCCCCGCGGCUCCAUGGACAAAAAUUCCUAG